UCACUGGCGCUGUUGGUGGCUAGAUAUUAAACGUAUUUUGUUUGUUUACUUUACCUUGUUUUCUUGUCUUGUUGAGUACGGUUCGGUUCAACGUUCAGGUUCAACACUACAAAGUGCUACAAACUGCAACAGUCAGAAAUUCAAAAUUAACUUUUCGGUUUCGGAACAGGUUUUUUGGUGCCUCAAGUGAUUUUAUUGUGCGUUUCAUGUUCACACCUUGUUUAUUAUAUGCUUUAACAGUUCAUUAUCGAACUUUUGAACGCAUCACGUCUAUUUGCGAAUUUUUAAAGAGAAAAAUAUCUAACUCAGGCCUAUAUCUCUUUUGACGCAGACAUGGAGACGGAUCUGUAUGAUAGUUACUGUGCCAGUGAGGUGGAGGAGGACUUUUACGCUCCACCUAAAGUGCUCAAGAUGGAGAGGAGAGUACUCAAGCCUGCCCUAAGUUCGCCUUGGCGCGAGCAAGAUUUGACCAAGAAACCCAAAACAUUGAAAUUCCUGGUAGAAGAUGACGUGCCCAGGAUCAAGCAGGAGCAGCUGGACGAGGGCGAGUCCUGUGGCGGUGCCAUGCAGAAGGUGCCGUCCUUGUCUGACCUUUCUGACCCGGAGAGUUCACUGGAUAUCCCGACUCAGGUGCCGCCUCUCACCCCCGGCACCAACAAGAAGAUGACCGAGGCCCUCAAAGCCUCCUUUGCAUCUUGGGAGAAAGAACAGAUCAAGCUCAACAUCGUAAAAGACCCUCGCCAGUGGACGGAGAACCACGUGGCUCACUGGCUGGACUGGGCGAUCCGCGAGUUCUCACUUGAAGGCGUCCAUCUACAGCAGUUCUAUAUGAGAGGGAAGGACAUCCUCGCCAUGGGUAAGGACGCCUUCCUAGCGAAGGCUCCUGCGUUCACCGGCGACAUCCUGUGGGAACAUCUGGAAAUUCUGCAAAAAGAUGCGGACGCGGAGAAGGAGUCUUCGCUGUACAAUGUCGACAGUGUAUGUGUGCCUGAUCUCAGUGACUUUCUUGGCAACUACAACAACAACAACAGCACCGCUACCGCCACUGCCAAUCCUCGCACCCCCGCCUCCGAGAAACCUUCCCCGGCCACCCCGGCGCCUGCCGCCAACUACCUGCACGACGGAGGUUACAACCAGUUGAGGAGCCCCGCCUGUGAUGACAGAGAUGACACGUCGCCCCCGCCACACAACUCCCAGCCCCCGCCUCCACUGUACCUGCGCAACCCUUACCAUCAUAAAGACAGUGGGUACUCGGGGCACGGGUUACCAGAGAACAGUUCGAUGCUGGGCGGAGGCGGUGGUGGGACGGGGGGAGGGACCAAUGAGGGUAAUGCUAGUGAUGAGGUGACACCUUCGUACACAAGCACAGUUCCUCCCCCCCAGUACGAGGCAGACAGCUCGGAGUACCACAGUCUAGACCCGCACCAGUCGCCUUACAUGGAAAGUAGUCCUGAACUGUACUCAGGCCACCCACCACCACCACUGUUUGAACACAAGUAUCACCACUUCACCAGUCAGUACGCCAAGACCUACCCCCAUCCCACUAGAGGGAGGUACGGACCAUUCGAAGGCUAUGGAGACAGUUCACCGUACCCAGCAUAUGACAACUCCCCGUUCCAGACAGUGCCUGGCAGCAUGUGUGAGGCUGGGUGGGGAGACAUGGGUAACAGCAGUGGUCAUCCUGCCUUGCAUCAUCCUGCCUUCCUACACAGAGAGUCUCAUCAUUCUCACACAUCACUGCCACUACCUAGCGGAGGAGACAGUAAGGCUCUACUGCACGCUGCCGGCUACAGUGGCCAAGACCAACUAGGUGGAGGUCCUUGCUUCACAGGCUCUGGACCCAUCCAACUGUGGCAGUUCCUCUUAGAGCUACUCACAGACAAGACGUGUCAAGGCUUCAUCUCCUGGACGGGCGACGGCUGGGAGUUUAAACUGACUGACCCAGACGAAGUUGCGCGUCGAUGGGGCGUGCGCAAAAACAAGCCCAAGAUGAACUACGAGAAGCUCAGUCGAGGACUGCGCUACUACUACGACAAGAACAUUAUCCACAAGACUGCGGGGAAACGAUAUGUCUACCGUUUCGUCUGUGAUCUUCAGGGCAUGCUCGGGUACAGUCCAGAACAGCUACAUGACAUGGUAGACCUCAAGCUGGAGAAGAAGGACGAUGACUGAGCCAAUCAAACAAGAUCUCUGUACAUAUGUUGCCACGCUCUCUCACUGUAUAGGACAGAAGUGAACAUUUGAGGACUACGUUAUAACUCCGAUUGUGUUUGUGUUAUCGUUAACUACCAAAUAGUGUAAAUCGACCGUAGCAGACCCAAGUGCCUUGUACAUAAUAGAGACUUGUAAGUAACUAAACGAAUCGAGAUAUAUUUUGUGAUUUUAUAUCGCUAUAUUAUGUAAUGAAUUUAGAUAUUAUCGGUUAAUAUUUAAGUUUUAUUGUUAAGAUUUGUUUUAUUGUUGUUCUAUAGUUGAAAACCUGUAGAAGACGAGUAAUAGAUAUAACAAUGGUUUCUUCAAUUUAGUUCUUGUUUCACAAAUGAUUAAGUUAGUAGAUAAUUAUUUUAAUUUGUCAAAAAUAAUCGUAAAUUACUAUUACUCAGUUUUAUAAUAACUGCAAUAAGUAAUCUUUUACAUUUGAUGUGUGGAAAAGAGCUUAUAUAUCUGUGAUAAUAUUUAAAAUUAAAAACAACACUGCAUCUUGCUUUUAGAAUACUAGAAACUGUUAUACUACAGGGUUUUCUCUUGAAAAAUUCAAAGAAAUAUUCAUUGAUACUGUUAAUGUAUCAAAUUAAGCUUUACUAAUCGCUUUACAUAUUUCAAAUCUGUCGUACAGUAACAAAUUUAUAGGUGCAGUUUUAAAAGAACUCAGAAGACUGCAAAAUGUGCUUUUAGCAGUCUAUAGCUCAUUUGUUAGUUAUUAAUAUAAUUUUUGUGAACUUUACUAUUCAACACUUUAAACAUGUGCUUUUUAUUGAAAUUGUUUUAAUAAAUAAUCUGUUUUCUUCUGUUCUCACUAUUUAGAUCAAUGAAAAAUUCCCCAUUGACAGUUGAUUUAAAUGUUUAUGUAUCAUAUAAUGUUAAACUUACAACAACCAUACUAGAUCAUUGUAUGUACUCCUACUUGAAAUUUGUUAUAAUAAUUAACUUAACCAACCCUUUUUCCUCAUGAAGUAUUGCAUCGGUAAUUGUGUUGAACACGGUGAACCUUAAUCGAGAAAUAUAUUUAUUUGAUAUAACAAGGAGGAAUAUUUUAACAGAAGGAUAAAAAUUGUGUUUCCAUAUCUUGUUUUGUUAUUAAUUGUGUUAUCGUGUUAAGCUUACUUCAGGUGUUAUUCAUUGCUUUCUAGUUUUAGGGUAAUGACAAUAAAGUCUCAUAUUUGAGAUCUCACCUACCAUUGUGAUCUUCCUGUUUCAUUGAGCUAACUGCUUGUGUAGAGAACUUCACUCAGUGACCACAAAGGUGUUCAGUAAUGUAAUAAACAACUAACAGGAUAGUGAAAGCUAGAUAGGCUUUUCAAAGGUUUUGUCAUCAAAAGACAGUUGUGAAAAACAAAUAUCAUGCUCAGAACUUAUUUAUAUCAGGUUUUUCCUAGCUUGAUUUUCGAUGCCUAUCACCUUUGCUGCACACAUAGAAAAAAACAGAUGUGAAAGUAUAUGGCCACUAUAUUAUUCUGUCCAUAAACUUCCACAUUUGCCAAACAUAAAUUUACAGUUUUCUGUGUGUUCAGCAAAUGUAGAUAGUGAAUAACUGUGCAGUACCAAGUUGAUAUUAAUAGUAAGCGUGAUUGGUCUUAAAGUAUAUGAACACAGUAUAACUUUAAAAUCAUUCUUGUGUAUUUUUAACUUGAUUAUUUGUUUAUUAAAAAAAAUUAAUUUCAUUCUAGUGAGGAUUUAUCUUUAUCAGAUUUUACCUUUGUGAUUUACUGUAACGUCUGCUCAAACAAAAUAUUGAACUAGUAUUUUAUCUCAGGUUUGUAUGAUUAUUUUUAAAGUGUUCAUGAUCAAUAUUGAAAAGUUGAAAUAAAAAGAUAAUCAUAAAAUUUUGUACGUCCAUUUUCAAUUAAAAUACAAUUUUAAAAUAUUAGUAAAUUUGGAAAACUAACAAACGUUAGAAUGUCUGUUAGUUAGAGGAAGAUUUGCUCAGAAUAAAGGUAGAUGUUGCAAUGUAUUCGGUAUGAUUUGAAAUCUCAAAGAAGCUAGUUAGUGAUAAAUCUAGUGCUUUGGUCCUUUAUACUUUCUAUGUAUUCAAAAAUUAAGUGACAACAAAUUUUCCAAUAUAAUAAUAAGCCUUUUAUUAAUAAGUGGUUGCAUAGUCAUCCAAUUACUCUAGUUGUUUUUAUAAAUAUGUAUUUAUUGAGUAAAAGGUGAAAAGCCAAAUUUACUGCUUUAUAAACCAAAGGAAGUGUAUUUUGAAUAAACUUAUGUAGUAACUGAUGUUAUUCAAGUUCAAGUGAUAUUUGUAUAGUAAAUAGCAAUCAGUUCUUUAUACAGUUUUCUUAUGACUUACAUCUGUGUCAAUAUAAUAUUAAUUUUUA